GCCUACGUUCAAGUCGAAUUGAACGUUGACGGUCGUCGGCGACAGGCCUCGUCAGCGGAGCGAAAACGUCUCGCGUGCACGCGUCGGUCGUUACGGAAAAUGACGUUCAUCGGUCCACGCGACUCUUCGGUGUAUUGCCCGAUGUCCAGGCACGUCCGCGUUUGACGUGUUAUGUGAACCUCUUACACUUGGGAUACGGCUGUUCGCGCUAGCAUGAGCAUUUCUCAGGAGAGCGCAGCCACGAUUGUAUGCAAGGAGAUCUUCGACGGCGCCUCGAAUCCGUCAGACGAAGAGGUGCUCGAAUAUGCGAGGCGCUUGGGAAUCGACCCGGACACAGAACCGCACCUCCUGAGUUUGGCUCGGGAGGGCCUGAUGGCGGCCCUCCCGAAGGGAUGGUUACCAUGCUUCCACGAGACCAGCGGCGCCUGGUACUACUAUCAGGCAUCCACCGGAAUCACCACCUGGCAACAUCCUCUGGACGCUGUGUACAAGGAGAUGGUCGAGCAAGCCAGGGCUGGCAACGCUAGACCUGGUAAUCCCAGGCAAAUCAGCGUUGUAGAAGAGGACUCGAAGACAACAGCGAAGGAUCUCGAGUCGCACGAGGAAGCAACUUUGCCCAAGGAGGCUUCCUCGGCGAAGGAAGCCUCCGUAAAACAAUCUGUCAAGACCAAUCCGCCGCCAACCAGGAUACCUACCAAGUUGACACCAUUGAAAAAGUUUGAGAAAACGGAUGGCGCGAGGAAGAAAGAUCUCGCGGGCCAAGAGACACAACAGUUGAAAAUUGAUAAUCCCCUGGCGACCAACAGAGCCGCCAGGGACUACACGAACCUCAGGUUUCAAGAUCCGAGGUUCUACGAGUGUCCUAAGCUUUUGGAAACGGUCGCGUCAACCGCCGCUGUCGACACGACCACGUCUGCCAUGCCGAAACACGAGAUAGAUCUAAAGGAAGUGUUGAAGAGAUCGGAGUCUCUCAGCCCGAGACACGAGAAAGACUGGGAACAGUUGUCCAGUAGGUUUAGCUCCGAAGAAAAUAUCAUCGACAUCGAUAAGCUCAGUGUCACCGCGUUGGCCAGGUCGGAAAAGUCUGAAAAGUCUGAGAAGUUCGACAAGGAGAAGCACCCGAGCCAGUUUGGCCAACAGAAGGAACUGACUCUGAGUGGCGGGGGGACUAUGUUUCUGAAGAGCAACAGGAGCAGGGACACUACUCCCAGUCACGAAGGUGCUAAACUGGACGACUUCAGGACCAUGCUGAUCCCGGACGAGAGCAGCAACGUCGGCGGGGACAAGUUGAAAUCGAUUCUCAGGGAGAAACAGUCGGAAGAUGCAGAUGACAGACCAGUGGACGAAGAACGGAAAAGCGUGCGCUUCGACAUAGAAAAAGAAUUGGACAUCAGGUUCACCUAUUCGAGGUCCGAGGACGACUCCGAGUCCGAGUCGGAGGAACAGGAGGAGGUUCAGAUAGGUCUUUCGAACCAAGACAUCGAUUGGACCCCGUUGUCGCAGAAAUCGAGUUGCCAAAGAUUCAGCGGCGAGUCGAAAGAGGAAUCCGAGGAUAAGGACGACGGUAGUAACGUGAAAAGGAGUCCGUCGUCGGAGAAAAUCGUGGGCAAGAGGUUCGUCGUUCGGAACGUCCCGGAGAACGAGCAUCGUAAACGAUUUGUCCUUCAGAACGUUUCCGAGAAGGAGCAUCGCAUGCAAAUGACCAGGGACAGUCUGUCCGGGGAGAGCUUGUCGAGGGAGAGCAGCCUCGAUUACACGUAUACCAAUAAAUUCAAUAAAAUCAAAAAUAUCGAUCUGAUAUCGAAAAGCGAGACCACCGAGUUCAGUGAUUCGGAGGUGCGCCAUAGGAGCAAAUCAAAAGUCGAUUGCCCGCGGAACGAGCAAACCGACGACGACGACACCUCGGACGUUCCUAGAGUUUAUCGCGAGCUCGACCACGCGGAGAAGGAACGCGGCGAAACUGGAGGUGGUGGGAAACUGGAGCAAAGCAGGAACUCCAAGAGCGAGGCCAUCGAGCACAUUUCCGAUUCUGACGCGCGCCGGAAGAGCAAGUCGAAAGUCGAUUUCUCGAGAAACGAACAAACCGACGAUGGUACCUCGGACUUUCCUAGACAUUGUCGCGAGGCUGACGGGAAGCAGGAGCAGAGCAAGGACUUGGAGGAAGCGAAAACGAAAUUGAGCCAGGAGCAUCAGAGGGAGAUCGAAGCCUUGAGAAAGGAGUACAAGGAUAAGCUGGAGCAAACGAAGAGGGAGCUGGAGGAGAAUUACGUGGAGCAGAAGAAGCAGCUAGAGAAAAACUUGAGCGACAAGUUGGAGGAUUUGAGACGGAAAAUGGUCGAGAAGGAGGAACGAGAGAUUCAAAAGUUGAUCGCCGAGAUGGACGAGGCUAAAUUGGAAAACUUGAGGAAGGUAAAGACCGAAUUGGAAAUAUGUUACGAAAAGGAGAGACAAGAGAUUCUUGCUAAUCUAAAGACGGAACUCGAUGAAAGAAAGGGCGAGCUGUUGGAACUGCGGAACCAGGAGAUAGGGAAAUUGGAGAACGAACACGAACGCGACCUGGACGAGGAGAAACUUGCGAAGCUCAGCGAGAUCAAACUGACGAAACAACACUCCGCGAGAAUCAAAGCCAUGAAGAUGGAACUGGACAAAGAGUUCGACGAAGUACGCUCUCAGUUGCGUGUGCAGCAGAGGGAGAGCAUUUCAAAAAUCACGGAGAAACACGAGAAUCGCUUGGUUGAAAUUCUGCGCGAUUUUAGAACCAAUGAGGAUCGCACUCGCAAGAUGUACAAUCAGCGGUUGGAGGAGAUCCGGGCCGAUUUCUGGCGCGAGGCGGAAAAAGAAGCGAAGAAGCAGACGGGGAAAGAUAGCGAAUUCGAAAAGAUGCGCUGUGAAAAGCGGCUGCUACAGGACAAGUACGUCGCGUUGAAGGAGAAGUAUAUGAAGCUGAAAAAGGAGGUUCGUUUGGCUCUCGAGAAGAGGAGCAAAAGGAAGGAGGGAUACACGACGGCCUCGGAGACCGAGAGGUCAACGUCCACGAGAACGAGAACCGACAGGACCGAAUCGUCCGAACAAAAUAACCCACUACGAAACGCGCACUCGAGCUCGGCGACGACGAACAGUAAAGCGCACGAGACUCAGACGACCACGAGCGAGCUGUCGGAAAAAUUACACGAUCCGAACGAACCGAACGCUCAGAAGGCGAACUCGGGGUUUCAGAAGAGCGCAGCUACGUCGAACGCGAAGAACGUGAGAUUCCAUUCCGACGACACGAGCAUCGCCAGCGAGACGAACGCGAACACGACCACCACGCAGAAGAAUAUCAGCAAGAAAGUGACCACCGCCGCGAAACCUACCGCUGCCACCGGAAACAAUAUUAAUAACAAUAACAACAAUCUCGAGAAUCCGGUCGAGAACAUUAGGAAGCAAUUGGAAAAGCUCGAGGAUCUCGGUGAUCAGUUGCCAAGCAACGAAACGGCCUAUACAUUGCGAUAUCCUUUCCAAGACAAAGCACCGGUGAACGCCUCUUCGGAGCUGGAGUUCUUCCGGCAUCGGAUUCACGUCGAAAGAGAUUCAGUGAAGAGGGCUCGGGAGGCACUUCGUCACCAAGAGAACGUGUUCCAGGGACGACAGAGGGCUUGGAAGCAACGUAGCGUUCGAGCAUCCCUCGAGCAAUUAAUUAAGGAGGAACGCGAGCUCUCGGACAUGGAAGUGAAUUUGCAUCGAACCAAGAGCCUCCUGGGCGAGAAAGUGAUCCAUCUGAGGCAUUUGGAACAAUCCCUGGAACGAGUGGUUAAUGCGAAAACCAACGAAAACGACGCGACUGCGGCGAAGAACGAGGAACUGACGUUGAGCGAUAUGUCCAGCGUGAGCAGUGGUAUCAGUUCAACCGAUUUGACAACCGACACGUUCAUAGACAAACCGGAUCACUACCAGGAGUCGACGGAAAUCAUUGCCAACCUGGAAAACCUAAACUCGGAAAUACGUGAGAUCUGGGGCGUGCUGAAUAAACGCCAGGACACGAACGUACCACCGCCGCCGACAUUGAUGUACUCUUAUUUGCGAUGGCUACGUUUCCAUCAUCUUACGGCCGAGUCGAAUAACAUACAAGGGACAUUCGGCACCCCGAAUAUUCAGUCGAACAUUCUGUCUCAGUUAACAGUCACGCAGCCACCAACGCCUAACACGCAAAACAUCAUCGCCCAAUAUGGCCCUAACAGCGGUUUCACCACCAGCGUUUGCACCGUUGAGAAAAAUCCCUCGAACCUGAUGGAGAGAACGUGGAAUCUACGGGAUUGGCUGCGACAGACUUGCGUCGAGAGCAAAGAUCAGUCCAGGUCGAACGAUACUAUAAAACACGGUCCACAGUCCAUCGAAAAAUUUGGUUCCAAACGGCAUACGCUAGGCGACACCGGUACCCGUUUCGUUGACGUAGAUUCGAUGUAUCUACACGUGUUUCUAAACCAAUUCAAGAAAACGUGUUUUCGUUAAUCGUUCCCCUUUUCUCUUCUUCUGUACAGGGUGUCCCGGGUUUUUCCCGCCAAACUUCUAGAGGCCAAAAGAAGAAGAAAAAUGUUAUAUGAAAUUUGCGAAUUAACGCUUUGUUACAGAGAUAUAAACAAAUAAUGAUAAAUAGUUACUCACUAUUUUUUAAGGACUCAUUUCAAAAUGAUGUCCUUCUGCUCGGAUACAAGCUUGACGUCGAUGAAAAACUGAAUUUAUCGCUCUGUGCAGUGUCUCAGUAUUUUUAAUACGCUGCGCAAGAUCUUCGUACGAAGUCACUUCGGUCGAGUAAACUUUUGUUUCAAAAUACCACGUACCGGUUUACGUUGUUACAUCGGAUAGAUCUGUGUUGAUCGACGCUCAUUUCCAAUCAUGAAACAGGCUCGUGCAAAGAAAAGGAAUGACUGAAAUACUGAAACUCACAGUCAGUAAAAUACCAAGUUUAUCCAUUUUUGAUUAUAUCUCUGUAACAAAGCGUCGAUUCGCAAAUUUCAUAUAACAUUUUUCUCUUCCUCUUUUGGCCCCUAGAACAAGCUCUCGCAGCUUGGCGGGAAAAUCCCGGGACACCCUGUAUAUGUAUAUCGUGACAAGUCGUUUGGAAGCGAGAAUUUCGAUCGAAAUUCGUCGUCAAAUGAGUUUCGGAUCGCGUGUGCCCGUCUUGGCGGAGUCUAUUGCGCUGAUUCGAGAACCUCCUUUUUGCUUGUUCCUAUCGAGUUCAGUUCGUUUCAUCGCUGAAGCUACGACAAAGACUGCAACGAGGCACGUUUACAGAAAACGCAACAGGCUCGUCGUCUCGAGCGGUCUGAAACCGAACGCGGCAGCCUCGAGGCGACGCUGUUGCAAACGUGCGCGUAACCGCGCGUUACAUUCUCGAGACGCUCGGUCGCGUCGGCGUUCCUUGAAACUGUAUAUGCCGUGACAGCAGCCUACUGGACGAUGCGAUUAUUAUUUCGCCCAGCAAACGAUCGUCAGGCAACUGUUCGUUUAAUAGUCAACUUUAACAUUACAGCGGAUGACCAUGUAAAAGCGGAAGAGCUUUCGUAAAAGGGAAACGAACGAAUCAUCGCGCCCGUUCAGCAUGCGAGAAGCUCGUGAGUCGUUGAGGAAGCGAGUAAGCCGGAAUUGCGCGAGUUUGCGCAAAGAAGCUGGCGUUAGGCGCGGCGAAGUUCUCUGCUACGUGUGUAAAUAAGAAUUUUCUCGAUAGCCGGUAAUAGGUCGAUACGAUCCGCUGGUUCCUCCCCACCCUCCCCCCUUCUCACCCUCCGAACAGUCUGUUUGAACCUUUAUAUAUAUUUUCGAGAUGGAUUUUUCCGCGUAACGUAACGAGAAUGUAUAAAUAUGCGUACAUCCUAUAUCGUAUAUAUAUACGUUUACUAUAAAUAUACAUGUAUCGGAUAUUUCGAAUUAUUUGACGUAAUCGCGUUCGAGACGGAUAAUGUGAUAAAACCGACGGCGUCAUCUUCGAACGUAACGAGAAGUGUCGAACCGGUUUUCCUUUUAUCAGAUCAGUAUGUGAUAUGUGAAUCAAAAAUUGUCAACGGAAAGACUUAGCUUUUGUAUCGAGUUAAUUGAUCAUU